UACUGGAAGCGCAAGCGUGUGUUAUUAAAGCUUGUGCACGCGGAACAGCGCUGGUUUACUUCGCAGCAAAAUAAAACAACACACAUUCCUUCAGUUUAGCUGAUGGUCGGUCGGGUGCUCACCUUAACUGUGCUGUUUAAAUGCACCGAGCAAGGAGGUGGGGCUUAGAAGAAGGCGUUCGUCUAGCGUCUUGAUUGGUCAUCUGUGUUUGGAGUGGGUGGUGCUCUGAAAGCUAACCACGCCCAUCACACUUAAGUGUGUAGGACGGUCCCAUCAUGCCAGUUGAACUGGUGAUGCCUCUUUACCUGUCGAGCGAUGACUUCCAGAGCAGGAUGUCUGGGAAGUGUAAGAUGCCCUUACGUCCAUGUCUGCACACGAGUACAGUCACUCAGUUUGGCUUCCACUCUCCUCUGCCGCAGUCCGAGUCUCGGGAGCGGGCUCAUGGCAAGGUUAAAAAGCAGGUGUCAUUUGCUGACCACAAAGGCUUGGCCCUUGCUGUGGUGAAGGUCUUCUCUGAGUUCGACGACCCCAUUGAUAUCCCGCUCAGCAUCCAGCAGCUUUUUGUUUCUGCACUCAACGUCUCUGAGGAGGAUGACAAGCUGGUGCUGGGCUUCUCUCAGCCGAGCGCAGAUUAUCUGCAGUUCCGCCAGCGGCUGGAGCGAGACUCGGUCUGCCUCGAACACUGUGUCCUGAAGCACAGGGCCAUUGCGGGGACGAUCAAGGUCAAAAACCUGUCCUACCAAAAGGCUGUAAAGGUGCGCAUCACGUUCGAUGCAUGGAAGAGCCACAUUGAUAUUGAGUGUCAGUAUGUUAAUGACGCGUACUUGGGCUCUGAGUGGGAUACCUUCUCAUUUGAGGUGAAUUUACCAGGCCGGAUGCUUCCGCAUGAGCAUGUCGAGUUUGCUGUGUGUUACAUGGUGGAAGGAAACACGUACUGGGACAGCAACCAGGGCCAGAACUAUAAAAUCACCCACUCUGCUUUGAAGAAGAAGAGCACUAGUGACAUGAGCAACGGUGAUCAGCACUACAGUGACUGGGAUGCGUACUUUGACGGAUUCGGCAACCCGAGGUGUUCAAACAGCAUUUUUACCGAGUGGCGAAGCUACACCGGUUACGAGGACCUCGGCCCAUAUUACUGACUUGUGUGUCAUGAGACAUAUCCAGCCAGCAUAGAUUUAUGAAGAAUAUGAACUCAGGAAGUGAUCUUUUACAUUGAAGGACUAUUUUAGCCAAAGUAUUCAAUCUAUAAUUACUUUUCUAAAAUGUAGUCAAUAAGGCAAUGUUUCCUGUCUGCUGUAAUAGCACUGCAUUAAAGAGCAAUAAGCUCUUAGCUUAUCUAAGAGCUCAUUUUCAUUUUAUGAACUUGUUCUGAGACAAACAAGUGAUUAACUACAAUACCAACAGGAAAGCAAACAUCAAACAUGCCUUGACUAAUCAAAUUCAUUUCAGGAAAAAUGUGACAGUUUUGUUUACACCAACUGGUGCAAUAAUGACCUCUAACAUCUGGAUAAAUUAUCUGUCCGUGUUUUUGAGUUGUAUGCAAUAUACAAAUAUGGAAUAUGUCCAAGAGUUUGUGGAAUGAAGGUCAGUUUGCUGCUACCCUUUACGAGGGCUUGAGCAUCUCCAUGGACUGUUCAUUCAGACCGUUUACUGGGAUGUGUGGGUUUAUUAAAUAAUAGAAGUAGCUUUAAUAGUAAAGCGCACAUAUAGAAUAAUGGAGAAUAGUCAUUUAAGUUUAAAUAAUAAAGUUUUUUUUUUCCUGUUACACUGGAAGAUGUUUGUUUAAACCUUAGCUUUUAUAUUCAAGCAAAGAUCAAAUCUGUCAAUAUGCAAAGAAAAAAAUUAUAAUGGUAAAAUAUCCACAGUGUCUGUAAUGAAUUUUUGUAUGUUUGUUCGUGUAAUCCAAUGGGCCUUUGAACCGAUCAGGACUACAGAUGUUCUUUCUUAUGCAAUAUAUUAAGAUUUAAAUAAUGACAUAGAAAUGGCAGCUUGGGUCUGUGUGGUAUGAUUUUGUUAUUUAAUUCAAAAGAUGAUUUCCCGUCAUCAUAAAGUGCAAGCUAUGAGUUUUAAGCAUUAACCUACAGUAUCAUCCCUGUCACAUAGAAGCAGUGUUUUAAGUCACAGUUUUGGCGUUUUAUCAGGAUUUUGUUCCUUUGUUUGAGUGACUGUUAGAUUAUUGUUUUUACGCACACCUCACCUUGUAACAUAAUUUUGUUGAUGUUUUGGGAUGUUCUGUUAAAUGCUUUUUAGUAUUUUAAUUCACUGCUGUCGAAUAAAGUAUUGUAUUUAUAAAGUAA